AUGCCAUUGCCAUUGAUGAAGUCUAUCAGGAAGACAGAAAUGGAGGUUCCAAAGCAGGACUACAAGUAUCCGUUACUAGAACACUACAUCGCUCUUCCCAACGAUACUUCACCCGGCAUAGACCGUCUCGAUUCUCUUCCAGCUUACAUGGGGAUGUGA